UUUGAGAUCAGGAUGGGUAUGCAAUAUACAAUUUUGAUGCAAGAUCUUGCAAGUGAGUGUGAAAUUGCGCAUUUGAAGAUAACUGCUGUAGCUACAAGAUUGGAAUCAAAGAGAAAAGAUACAUGUAAUCAACUUGCUGAAUUUGCAGAGACAAUGAACAUCCCAUUUAGUUUCAAGAUAGUUAUGAUAGAAGACAUGUUGGAUUUCAAUGUAAAUCUCCUCGAACUCAAUGAUGAUGAACAGGUGGCUGUCUACUCACCUUUCCUAUUAUCAUCUAUGAUUGUAACACCAAACCGUCUUGAGCAUCUCAUGCGAGAAAUUCGGAAAAUCAAUCCUUUUAUAACACUUGUUUCCGAAGUUGAAGCAAACCACACUUCACCAGAAUUUGUGAAACGUUUCAUAGAAGCACUUUUCUUCUACGGUGCAUUUUUUGACAGUAUGUCAGAUCAUUUAGCCGAUGAUGAGUUUAAUAGAAAGGUUAUGGAGUCUAUUUUCUAUGGCCAAACCAUCCGUAAUAUUGUGGCUGCUGAAGGAAAGGAGAGAACAGUUCGGCAGGUUGGCAUUGAUGUUUGGAGGGCGUUUUUUGCUCGUUUUGGGAUGCUGGAAGUUGAACUGAGUGAUGCGUGUUUGAAUGAAGCAAAGUUGUUGAUAAACAACUAUGAUUGUGGGAAUUCUUGUAUGGUUUCUGUUGAUAACAAAUGUUUUAUUGUUGGAUGGAAAGGCAUACCGAUCUUUUCUGUUUCUGCUUGGAAGUUUGUCUGAUGAUUAUUGGAGGUAUCUGGUGCAGACAUCUAGUUUCUGAUGGUAAACUUAGUUGUUUCAACAAAAGCAAAAACAUGUUUCUAGUGUUAUUGUUUUCUUAAUGUAACAAGGCUUUAUCAGCUUAUGAAAUUAGAGUUUUGUUAAUCUUUG